CUACUUUGUGCUAAAUUUUAAAAAAUAGUAAAUUUCCUAAGAAAAUAUUUUUUUACACGAUCAAAUCGACACUUUUUCAGUCAAUUUUUCUCGUAAAUUUCGUCCUAAGUGGUCAUCUCUCACUGGCGAUUCUCAUCAAUCCCGACACUUUUUUAAACUCUCAGCUCGUCAAGGGUUUGUGGGGGCAUGGUACGGAUAUCCACGAUCGUUUUGAAGGUGGUUGGGUGGAGAAUAAGUCGCGAAAUUUGCAGCCGACGCACAUCUGUCGGGCCAAGUUGGGUCAAGUGAGUAUAAUUCCUGGCGAGUUGUUUAACGAGACGUGCUACAUUUCCGGAAAUCCAACAUUAGCCAACGGCGGAACGGGAGUGAGGGCUUUCACAGAAAAUUAUGAGAUUCUUCUUAAAAUGGAGGACGUGCUAUACGACUGGAUCGAGUUUGACGGGAACAAGGGCACCGUGCCGAGGGGAGCACUUAUAGGGGGAAUUGGAUCACAUUAUGAACCCAUUUUGGUUUGUCGCAAAUUUAUUUACGGAAAAGGAAACAAUCUUCAUAAAUCGAUGGCCGUGCUGGGAAACUUUUCUCCGAAAGUGGGCAAAUGUUUUUACGAAAUGCAGGUUAAAGCUGACACGAUGAAGUGGGAUGUGAGUUUUACAACGGAAAAGUUUGAGCUGCUUGUCUCAAAGGGAAAAUGGAAGGAGCCAUGUGGAAAAGAUGUAGAAGAUCUCAAAGAAACUGAAUGACAUAUUUACAUAUUUACAUAUUUUUUUUAUGAUACUGUUAAUUUUUUUUACAUGUGUACACAUUGA